AGUUUGUUUCGGAGGGAGAAGAAAACCAUCUUCUUCCUUUUUACUUUUCUUCUUAGAUAGAUAGAAAAGAUAAAAACCCGAAGCCGGCAACUCAUAGGAGGGCGCAUCGGGAAUAAGAUUCAUCGAUAAAAUAUAUAAAAAAAGAAUAAAAGUUCCAUCGAGAGAGAUGGGCUGGGCAAUGAUGUUGAUGUUGCUCCUGUGCCUGUCGGCGGGGGCUAUGGUGGUUCAGGGUGAGGACCCCUACCUUUUCUUCACAUGGAACGUCACCUACGGCACCAUCUCUCCCUUGGGAGUCCCCCAGCAGGGCAUCCUCAUCAACGGCCAGUUCCCCGGGCCAAACAUCAACUCCACCACCAACAACAACGUCGUUGUCAACGUCUUCAAUUACCUUGACGAGCCGUUCCUCCUGACAUGGAACGGCAUCCAGCACAGGAAGAACUCGUGGCAGGACGGAACCCUUGGGACCAACUGCCCGAUCCCUCCAGGACAGAACUUCACUUUCCACUUCCAAGUUAAGGAUCAGAUUGGAAGUUACUUCUACUAUCCCACUACGGCCAUGCACAGAGCUGCAGGUGGUUUUGGUGGCCUUCGAGUGAACAGCCGCCUGCUCAUUCCUGUUCCUUACCCAGACCCAGAGGAUGACUACACUGUCCUCAUCGGCGAUUGGUACUCCAAGAGCCACAGCGUUCUGCAGACCUUUGUUGACAGUGGCCGUGCGCUGGGCAGGCCCGAUGGUGUCCUCAUCAAUGGCCAGACCGGGAAGGGCAUGGGCAGUGACAAGCCCCUGUUCACCAUGAAGCCAGGAAAGACCUACAAGUACAGGAUCUGCAAUGUUGGGCUCAAGAAUUCACUCAACUUCAGGAUUCAGGACCACUCAAUGAAGCUCGUGGAGAUGGAGGGCUCGCACACUGUUCAGAACAUGUACGACACCCUUGACGUGCAUGUCGGCCAGUGCUACAGCGUGCUGGUCACCGCCGAUAAGGAGCCAAAGGAUUACACCAUGAUUGCUUCCACCAGGUUCACUAAGGAGGUCAUUUCUGCCACCGGCAUCAUCAGCUACGUCGGCAGCACAGGCAAGGCAUCAUCACCAUUGCCUCUGGCUCCGGAGGGCUGGGCCUGGUCCCUCAAUCAGUUCCGAACCUUCAGGUGGAACCUUACCGCAAGCGCUGCCAGACCCAACCCCCAGGGUUCCUAUCACUAUGGGCAGAUAAACAUCACCCGCACCAUCAAGCUCGUAAACUCUGCCCACAGGGAUGGCGGCAAGCUCCGAUAUGCCAUCAACGGUGUCUCCCACGUGGAGCCAGAAACCCCGCUCAAGCUUGCUGAGUACUAUCAAGUUCCACAGAAGGUCUUCAAAUACAAUGUUAUCUCCGACGACCCACCAGCCACGGUCGAGAACAAGGCAUCUCUGGAGCCCAACGUGGUGAACAUCACCUUCCGUACCUUCGUGGAGAUCAUUCUGGAAAACCAUGAGAAAAGCCCCCAAUCUUGGCAUCUUGAUGGCUACUCGUUCUUUGCAGUCGCGAUUGAGCCUGGAAGGUGGACUCCGGAGAAGAGGUCAAACUACAACCUUCUAGACGCUGUGAGCAGGCACACAAUCCAGGUCUUCCCUAAGUCGUGGGCAGCUAUCAUGCUCACCUUCGACAACGCUGGAAUGUGGAACCUGAGGUCAGAGCUUACUGAGAGGCGCUAUCUAGGCCAACAGCUCUAUAUCAGCGUCCAGUCUCCGGAACACUCUCUCAGGGACGAGUACAACAUACCCGAUAAUGCCCUCCUCUGUGGAAUCGUCAAGGACAUGCCCAAGCCUCCACCUUACAGCAUCUAAGCAAUAAAGGCAAGACCUUUUCGAUUACAAACCAAGAUACAUAGAGAGCGGAGGGAGAGGUGACUGAAGUUUUGAAAGGAAGAGUUGCCGAUGAAGAGAAACCCAAGCAGGAGGAAGCUCGUUAUGAAGCUGCUUCUUUCGCGACAUUAUUUGUAGUUAGCCGAGUACCUACUAGAAACACGCAAAGCCGCAAACUAUUUUUUCUAAUGCUGAAGCUACAUGUAUGAUUUAUUGGAAUAAAGAGAGAUUAUCUAUC